CGCUAAAGUUAAACGUUUUUACGACCGAGGAGAAAAAAUCCCAACAACGAGCUCUUUCCUCAAAAUCUGUUCAUGAAACAAGAAGCAAAACUGUGCAAGACUGUUUCAAAAGAUGUCGGAGACGAUUUGUUACUUUACGAUGAAAAAAACUAAUUGACGUGAUCAAGGACACACCCAUAGGUAGUGAGCAGCUCUACAGCAAAGAGUCAUUGACAAACUGACUAAGGGCACACCAGGGGAUUUCUUUAUAUUUUCUUUGAAAUGUGAUGUUCUUGGCCUAACUAAUGAGGACUAGUAUAUCUUUACAUCACACCGAAUCUUGACUGGUCUAUUAGCGAAGUGUAAUAAUCGCACACUUAGCAAUCUAAUCACUGAACAUCCGGGCAAUGUUUACAUCACAGCCAACAAAGAAUGAUUUCAUUUUGUUCCAUAUUAGCAGUGAUUGCUGGAUUGAAGCUCAUUUGUUCUGGUAACCUGCAGUACUUAUUGUUGUUCCACUAGUCAUUUGCUUAUAUCGAUCAUGACCUUUGCUGCUGUGUGAUACUGCGUAGCGUCGAAAGAAAGCGGAUACUUGUUCCCACUCUAGAAAUCCACAACCAAUUUGUUAUUUGUGUAGGCGUUUAAGAAUCGACAAUGAAGUUCUAUUUAUUGUUGCUCGUUUGUCAGCCUUGGUUCACAAGUUGCCUAGAAUCUGUUGUGGUAUCUACAGAUUAUGGCAAGCUUCGAGGUGUUUCACGAGACUUUGAUAAAUCCAUUGGUUUGGGGAAUGUAUCGAAAGUCAACAAAUUUCUUGGUGUGCCUUUUGCCGCCCCUCCGAUUGGUGAUUUACGCUUUCGUCCUCCAGUGAAGCCAGAGAAAUGGAAAGGCGUUCGCGAUGCGACAAAAUUUAAACCGUUGUGCUAUCAAGACCCAAGUUACAAUCUUAUGUUUUGGUCAAAGGAUGCCUCACUGCCGGAGCAAAGUGACGACUGUCUCUACCUGAACAUAUACACUCCAAAUACUAGUGCAAGGAUARUCUACCCUGUAAUGGUUUACAUUCAUGGCGGAGGSUACGAAGCAGGUUCUCCAGCUAUUACUCCUGGCGAUGUUGUACCAUUGUGGGAUGUUGUUCUCGUUACUAUCCAAUAUCGCCUCGGGCCUUUUGGAUUCUUAAGCACAGGGGAUUCAACUUCUCCUGGGAACUAUGGAAUGCUGGACCAAAUCGAAUCUCUAAAGUGGAUCAAGRAAAAUAUUCGAGUGUUUAAAGGAGAUCCAUCGAGGGUUACAAUAUUUGGAGAAAGUGCUGGAGGCGCGAGUGUUGGACUGCAUCUGCUGUCACCACUAUCAAAAGACCUUUUCCACAGCGCAAUUCCCAUCAGUGGAAGUGAUUUGUCUCCAUUUGCCGUGAAUACACAUAAGCAAGCAUUGAGAAUCACGUUGAAAACGGCCAGAAAAUUAUCUUGUCCAACUCAAAACAACGAAAAAUUAAUAAAAUGUAUGCGACAAAUAAAGGCAAGUGAAAUACACAAUUUGACGAAAACUGAUGCCAAUGUCUGGAGACCAGUUGUGGAUGGGAGUUUUUUGCAUGAUACACCCAAGAAUCUCAGGAAGGCUAAGAAGUUUCAUCCUUACCCGGUACUUGUCGGCGUAACGUCCGAUGAAGGGUCAUUUUUUCUCAGAAAUUCGAGUUACUAUGCACUCCCWGUGACACCYUUCCCGAAGGCAUCUUUCAACACGUACGACAUGUUUCUAAAUGCUUUCGAGCGGCCACACGAGCCCAUUGCAUUUUCACUAGCCCUCGAAGAAGCUUUAGCAUUCCAGUACACACCAUGGCCUGAUAGCARCAAUGAGGACAAACUUAGAAAGGGUUUGAUUGAUCUGAUAUCUGACUACAGUUUCACAGCUCCUGCACAUGCAGUACUUGAGCAUCAUUCCACAGUUGCUUCAGGAUACCUAUUUGUCUUUAGUUAUCAGUCCAAGCUAAGCGCCAAGCCUUCUUGGAAAGGCGCGGCACACAAAGAUGACACGCCCUAUGAAUUUGGCUUUCCCUUGAUGAAUUUGAAUAUCCUACAAGAUUACGAUGAGCAAGACAGAAAUGUCAGUCAAAUCAUCAUAACCCUUUUCACAAACUUCGCACGUACCCAUAAUCCAACUCCUCAGCCCUUAAGAGGCUGCGUUCUGCCUCGGUUCAGUGCUUUCCAUCACGCAUAUAUAAACAUCACUGCACAUCCAAGCAUCGAGUCUAACUUUCACCGUAGCAAUGUGGCUUUCUGGAAUAAAUAUUUCCCUAAACUUCGUAAGAAUUCCCAUUGUAAAUCACCCACAUCAACUCGUGGAUCUACCUCYGGCAGUUCUGUUGCUAGAAUUGCGUUUGGUCUGUUAUUGGUGUCAUUUUUUCUCGUAAACUCUUCAUUGUAAAUAAAAUGAAAAACUUUCUCACUAGCGACAGYCCUUUUUCUCGCUAACCGGCGAUUAUUUAUUUCGCUAGUUUUUACUCCAUCUCCGAAUUWGACAGAUGUAUUCGGGAAGCUUGUGUCAAAAUCAGAAAAAUCGGAUUCGAYAUAUGCUAAGCAAGCUUACGAGAAAAAUGAAAUGAUAUUGGUUUUCUUGUAAAUAACUUUGUAGAAAAAAAAAGCUUACAAUGUAAUAUUAUCAUUACUUAAAACAGUUUUUAAAACGAUUCCAUCAUCUCAUACGGUGAGGGAGAAGAGAUGGAGUCAAAGAGAAACAAAUAAUUUAUAUCUUUAUAUAAUUCAGUAUUGCAUUAUAUUGCCGAUUAUUCGAUAUUGCAAUUUGAAAAUUGAAUGCGUUUGACAAUGUAACCAACAUACAUGUAAUUCGAAUCAUCAUAAUGCCAUUUUCGCUUGGUACAAAACAAUUAAUAUUCCAUAUCUGUUAUUUGUGGAAUUCUUUUAACUAACGGCAUUCAAUAAAGGAAAAUGUUAAUUCAUACGCCAGAAUUCUUCAAAUUUUGGUUCUGCUGCAUUUAAAAAUUGAUUUGAUGUAUAUAUAAUUUGUUAUUAUAUUAUCUGUAUUUAUACAGUUUACACAUACAUAAUUAUAUCCUUAAUGUUUCAAUAACUACUGUAAAGUAAACUAAUAAAAGAGACCAUAGCCUCAAGCAUAUUUUUUUCAAUUUAUGCCUACAAUUUCCGCGAACAAUUCCCUAGAGGGGCAAAGGAUUUUAAAAAGAUAAAGGAGAMGAGAGAUACUUGUGUGUGGCUUCCUGUAGGGACGCGAUUGAUUCCAAAGAAUUUUGCUCUGUCUCCGGGCUUCCUGUGCCCUCUCUAGAACACAGGAAGCCCUAAGAAUACUAGGCUGCAAAAAGGGMGACUAUUUUUGGCCGAUCAUGCGAAGCAGAGUGCGUCAUUUCAUACCAUGUAAGGACACAUCAAGCUUUCAGUGCUUCCAAGACUAUGUAAUCAAUAUUUAACGUUAAUGGUUUUUU